CCUGCGACAUAGACUUCACACCAACUUCUAUUAAUCGCUCCUCCUCUUCUUCAGUCCUUCCACUAUAUUAAAACCACUCUUAAGCUCCCAUUUCCCCGCUAUAAUUCCAUUUGAUCCACAGACUUGUCUUCCCCCUCCCCCCACCUUUUCUUCUCCACCUUGAAAAAAAUGGGUUAUGGCAGGCUUGGAUCACCGGAGCCCACAGGGUCAUUUCCCGAAUCAUCUCUCACAAACCAACAAGAGAAACCCACCACCACCUCAACCAGAAAACCCAAGCUCAUUAUACUCGGUGUCAUCGCUUUCCUCCUCUUCUUCGGUGCUGUAGCUUCCGCCGCCCUCAUAGUAAUUCUCCGACCCAAAACUUCCGGUGAACCAGCUAAGUCAAUCCGGGGAAAACCCUCACAGUCCAUCUCCAAAGCUUGCAGCAUGACUCGUUACCCAGAUCUCUGUGUCAACUCUCUCGUCGACUUCCCCGGAGCUCUCAAUGCUGGUCAACGUGACCUCGUUCACAUCUCAGUUAACAUGACCCUUCAACAUGUCGGAAAAGCACUCUACGACGUUUCCGAUAUCGGAAACUUACAGAUGGAUGUUCUGGUUCGGUCGGCCUACGAGGAUUGUCUUGAGCUACUAGAUGAAUCAGUCAAUCAGCUCUCACGGUCACUUGUGUCGGUGGCGCCGCCCGUUGAAGGCGGAGGAGGAGGGCCCGUUGGUUCGACACAAGACGUGAUGACGUGGUUGAGCGCGGCACUCACCAAUCAGGACACUUGUACGGAGGGAUUCGAUGAUGUGAGUGGUGGGUACGUGAAGGAUCAGAUGUUGGUGAAGCUCAAGAAUUUGUCGGAGCUGGUGAGUAAUUGCUUAGCCAUCUUCGCUUCCACUAGCGAUAACGAGGACUUCUCCGGCGUUCCCAUUCAAAACCGGCGGAGAUUGAUGGAAAGCAAUUUCCCGGCGAUGGCGGAGGAAAAGGAAAAUGAUGGGUUCCCGGCAUGGGUGACGAGAAGAGAUAGGAGGCUUCUUCAAACACCUGCGCCAGCGAUAAGGGCUGACAUUGUGGUGUCUACAGAUGGCACCGGCAACUAUAAGACGAUCACUGAAGCAAUUAAAGCUGCUCCAGAACAAAGCACUCGCCGUAUCGUUAUCUAUGUGAAGGCCGGAAGGUAUGAAGAGGAUAAUAUAAAGGUAGGGAGGAAGAAGACCAAUUUGAUGUUCAUAGGAGACGGGAAGGGUAAAACCAUCAUAACAGGUGGAAAGAGCGUAGGGACGUACACCACCUUCCACUCUGCAUCCUUUGCGGCGACGGGAACUGGAUUUAUAGCAAGGGACAUGACCUUCGAGAACCAUGCGGGGCCGGCAAAGCAUCAAGCAGUGGCUCUACGAGUAGGUGCGGAUCAUGGGGUGGUGUAUCGGUGCAGCAUCAUAGGUUACCAAGAUACGCUUUAUGUACACUCGCAGCGACAGUUCUUCAGGGAAUGCGACGUUUACGGUACAGUGGAUUUCAUAUUUGGAAACGCUGCAGUGGUGCUGCAGAAUUGUAAUCUCUACGCACGCAAGCCCAUGGCCCAACAGAAGAAUACUAUUACGGCCCAGAAUCGUAAAGACCCCAACCAGAACACCGGAAUCUCUAUCCAUAACUGUCGGAUCCUAGCUACGCCGGAUCUUGAACCCGUUAAAUAUGCAAACCCGACUUAUCUGGGUCGUCCCUGGAAGAUGUACUCGAGGACGGUGUACAUGAUGUCGUACAUGGGGGAUCACAUCAACCCUAGGGGUUGGCUGGAGUGGAAUGGUAACUUUGCCCUUGACACCCUCUAUUACGGGGAGUACAUGAAUGACGGUCCAGGUGCAGCAGUUGGGAAACGGGUCGGGUGGAAAGGUUACCGGGUCAUUACUUCUGUCGCGGAGGCUAGUAAGUUCACGGUCGCCCAAUUCAUCUAUGGAUCAUCAUGGUUGCCGGGGACCGGGGUGGCCUUCAUCGCCGGCUUGUCGGUUUAAAUUUAAAUUUUUAUGUUUCUCUUUGUUUUGUUUCUUGGUCAAAUGAUCAAGAUGCAAGGGUUAUGGUUUCUUGUGCAUGCCCUCUCAUAUCCUAUCCUUGUGGACUCCACACAUUCUCUCCUCAUUAAACGCCCCCUUUAUUGGAUAAUCAGAUCAUCCACCCUUUCAAAACUACACUUUAACAUCAUAGCAAUUCCUAGAAAUCCCUCUUCCUAUAAAGAUAAUAUAGUUUCAUAUGAUGAUGGGCAAUUAUUUAUCUUCCUACUCUCUAUUUGUAUAAAACCAUAGAUUGAUAAGUUUCCCUUUUUAUUUUCCCCUUAUUUUGAAGUUGUACAAGGAAUGAAAAUUCCAAGAAUGCCCUUGCCUUCUGCUAAUUAUAAUGAAAAAUUCCUUAUGUUUUGUGUA